AUGGGGCAGGGGCUGUCCGGAGCCAAGAGCAAACUCUCUGGCGUUCUGGGCGGCAAGGGCUCCGACCCCUCUGGCGCGGCGGCUGCCUCAGGUGGCAGCAAAGAGCCCGUCGAGGGUCAGUACACUGUUCAGGAGGCCCUCAAGUUGCAACAGGCUUUGAAGGCCGCAUUCGCGGAGGAACAGUUCCAGAAACUUCUCAAGCUGGCACAGGAGAGGCACCCAUAUCGGGGACAGCGUGGGCAUUCCGACCAGGCUGCAUUCACGCUGCAGCUGCAAAGUCUUUUGCUCCAUGUGUACCGCACAGUGCUGCCUCAGUCGCCGUGGUGCCUCCAGCCUGGCUGGGAGGGCUACCGGGAAAUGAUGCUGAGGAUGACAGUGGCUUCAGAGGACCCACGGGUCAUCCAAGCAAGAGAAGAUAUCAACAGGUUACUAGGCCUGCCCCGGCACACGGUGAUCCAGCCACCCGCUGCGGAGCCGGUUUUUGUCGAGACUCCAGAUGGGUCUGGUCGUCACCAGGGCUUGUUUGGAGCCCCGUUGAAGCGUGACGCUGAUGGGGACUUUGCCCACGAGUUCUGGGAGGAAGACAAGGAGGGGCAUUUGGUGCUCGUUGCUCCGAACAACGCAGCUGGAGGCUAA